AUGAAGAUCACUGUCAUGACUGCUGAUGAACAAAUUCUCAACUUGGAUGUCGAUCCCAACGAAUCUGUUGAAAACGUUAAAGCCUUGCUUGAGGUUGAGACAGGUGUGUCUAUACAGCAGCAGCAGAUUCUUUUCAAUGGGAAUGAGGUUAACAAUUCUCAGAAAUUGAGUGCCAUUGGUGUUAAGGAUGAUGAUUUGCUAAUGAUGACGGUCUCUAGGGCCGGGGCCGGGGCCGGUGCUGGUGCUGUUGCUUCUAGUGGUUCUGCGAAUGAUUUGAGCAUCAAUACUGAUGGAUCUGCUGUAAACCCUGGUGCUUUUCAACAGCACUUUAGACGCGAUUCUAAUUUGAUGGGCCGGCUCUUCCAGAGUGACCCGGAGUUUGCACAAGUUAUUCUGGGGAAUGAUCUCAAUAAAAUCCAGGAAAUUUUGCGAUUGCGUCAUCGCCAAAGAGAUCAAUUACGGCGUCAGAAAGAAGAAGAGAUGGCUCUUCUUUAUGCCGAUCCUUUUGAUGUUGAAGCACAAAAGAAGAUUGAAGCUGCCAUCCGCCAGAAAGGAAUUGAUGAAAAUUGGGAAGCUGCACUUGAACAUAAUCCCGAAGGUUUUGCAAGAGUGGUCAUGUUGUAUGUUGACAUGGAGGUUAAUGGUGUACCAAUGAAGGCAUUUGUUGAUAGUGGAGCACAGUCUACCAUUAUAUCAAAAACCUGCGCUGAGCGUUUAGGAUUACUGAGACUUUUAGAUCAGCGUUACAAAGGAGUUGCUCACGGAGUUGGCCAAACCGAAAUCUUGGGUAGAAUACAUGUAGCUCCAAUCAAGAUUGGGAAUAUAUUUUACCCUUGUUCAUUCUUAGUGCUGGAUUCCCCCAACAUGGAGUUUCUCUUUGGGCUGGAUAUGCUUCGAAAGCAUCAGUGUAUAAUUGAUUUAAAAGAAAACGUUUUGCGAGUUGGUGGAGGAGAAGUUUCAGUGCCAUUUUUGCAAGAGAAAGACAUUCCGUCUCGGUAUUUAGACGAGGAAAAGUAUUCCAAGGAAGCUUCAAGCUCAGGAGUCCCUCCCCCAGUUACAUCAGGGAACAAUAAUUCAUCACAAGGAGGUGCUUCUGGUGGCGGGUCUAAGGAUUCUGAAUUUGAAAGCAAAGUUGCAAAGCUUGUUGAGCUAGGAUUUGAAAGACAAGCAGUUAUACAAGCUCUUCAACUAUUCAAUGGCAAUGAGGAACAAGCAGCUGGGUUUCUUUUUGGCUGA